AUGGGUGUAGGAAAUAUAAAGAGUGAGAGGCAUUUUCCUCCAGACACCAAACAGGGGUAACAACUCAGGAUGACAAAAACCUGCAAUCCUGCAGAUAAUGAAUUUUCACCAUUUCACAUCCUCUCAAUUUUAACAAUUAUAGGCACUGAAUGCAUCAUUGGUAUCAUUGCAAAUGGGUUCAUCAUGGCUAUAAAUAUAGCUGAAUGGAUUAAAAAUAAGGCAGUUUCCAAAAGCAGGAUCCUGUUUUUCUUGAGUGUAUCCAGAAUACCUCUCCAAAGCUUCAUGAUGAUAGAAAUUACCUUCAGUUCAACAUCCCCACAUUUUUAUAAUGAAGAUGUUAUAUAUGGUACAUUCAAAGUAACUUUCAUGUUCUUAAAUCAUUGUAGCCUCUGGUUUGCUGCCUGGCUCAGCUUCUACUUCGUGAAGAUUGCUGAUUUCUCACCCCUUUUCCUCAAGCUGAAGUGGAGAAUUUCCAGGACAGAUGCCCUGGCUCUGUGGCUAUCAAUGUUUAUUUCCUUAGGCUACAGUGUACUCUUCUCCAAUGACAUCAACACCAUGUAUUGUAACAAUUCUUCUAUCCCCUCUCCCAACUCCUCUAAGAAAAAAUACUUCACUGAGACCAAUGUGGUCGACCUGGUUCUUCUCUAUAACCUGGGGAUCUUCAUUCCUCUGAUCAUGUUCAUCUUUGCAGCCACCCUGCUGAUCAUCUCUCUCAAAAGAUACACCCUACACAUGGAAAGCAAUGCCACUGGCUCCAGGGACCCCAGCAUGGAGGCUCACAUGGGGACCAUCAAAGUUACCAGCUACUUUCUCAUUCUCUACAUUUCCAAUGCAGUUGCUCUAUUUCUUUAUAUGUCCAAUAUCUGUGAUGCCAACAGUUCCUGGAUUAUUUUGUGCAAAUUCAUCAUGGCUACCUACCCUGCUGGUCACUCCAUUCUGCUGAUUCAGGACAACCCUGGGUUGAGAAGAGCUUGGAAGCAGCUUCAGCCUCAAGUUCAUCUUCACCUAAAAGAGAAGCAGAAUACCACAAAACAAGCCCAACCAGCUCUGCCUCCCCCUCACCUAGACCCCUCUCCUCCCGCCUCCUUUCUUCCCCAAACCUGA